AUGGUGUAUUUAUCACAACUAUGGCACUCGCGCUUAAGAGGAGGGGGCGGAGACCCUCCUUCUCAGUCAGCAGAUGCUGCUGCUGUCUAUACACUUGAGGGCUCUAAACAGAAGCCCCCUAAUGGUGUAGGAAUGCUAGUAAAGUUUGCUGGUAGAGUUAUUCUCUAUGGAUUGAUGCUGGGUGUUAAUCAACGCAACAGAAGUCUGCAGCAAACGGACGGGCUUAGUCCUCAUACAGAUGCAACAGCAACAACAGCAGCAGCAGCAGCAGCAACAGCAGCAGCUUCUCCUUUCUUAGGUUCAGAAGCAGUAUGGCGUUCCUUUGAGCAGAUGCAUGAGGCUGCUUCUGUUGAUUCUUCAUCAGAAUCAGGAGGAGAGUCAGCAACAGAAGUAGCAGCAGCAACGGAAGUAGCAGCAGCAGCAGAAGCAGCAGCGGAAGCAGAAGCAGCAGCAGCAGCAGAAGCAGCAGCAGAAGCAGCAGCAGCAGCAGAAGCAGUAAGCGAUGCCUAUAAUGAGUGGCGAUUACCCGGGGUUGAUGCUGCUGAUGCAGCACUGCCAGCAGCCCUGCGCCGAGGCAAGGAAUUCUUAGCGCUUAAGCUAUCAUCUUCUGCUGCAGCAGCAGCAGGAGGAUCAACAGGAGCAGCAGGAGCAGCAGCGGCUUCUUCUUCUUCACCUUCUCGCAGCACAACACGUCAAGGUCUACGUGCACUGGCUGCUGCUGUCUCUCGAGGAUCUACAGAUGAGUUUGUAGGGCUUGAUAUUUCUUUAACUCAUAUAUCUCCUUUUGAAGCAGAAGAAGCAAGUCUUACAGCGUCAAGAGCCUUCAGAAUAACAUCCUUUCUUGGCGAUGGGGCAGCAAAUGCUGUACUAGAGAUUACAGACAAGACAACAAAAGAAAAGCUAGCAAUGCGAAUAUUGUAUACACCUUACUCUGUACAGUCUGAGAUUGAGAGGCUUACAGCAUUUGGAAGUGCUGCUAUGCAGAUGGAGGAGAAGCUGAUGCUGCAUGCAUGCGGUGGUUUAGCAGCAGCAGCAGCAGCAGCAGAGAAAGGGAUAGCUAUACCUUUAUUUACAGCAGAGAUUGAAGGGCUUCCUGAUGUUGUGGUGUCUGGUGAGGUGUUUGUAUUUAAAAGAGUUCAGGUUAUGCAGCGCAUGCAAGGAGAUGUCGCAAAUCUACUUCUUGAUAGUCAUCCUGUACCGAUAGAAGCAAAAGAAUAUAUAGCAACACGUCUGCUGUUGCAGGUUCUACACCUGCAUUCAGCAGGUGUAUGUCACAAUGACUUGAAACUAGAAAACUGUUUUCUAAGAGAAGACGGCAGCUUCUUAGUAGGAGAUUUUGGGUCUAGCACUCUUGUAGGGAUGCCUCUGAACGGUCAAAUAACUGAUAUUACUCCGGUGUAUGGUGAGCCUCGUUUAAUGCUUGAUAUUCAUCGUGCAUUAUCUAAUAAAUGCCCUGCUAUGCCUCAUCAAAAGAGCGACCUGUGGAGCUUAGGUGUAGCUAUAUAUGAGUUGUUUAUGGAUGGCGAUCUCCCUUUCGGCCUAGAAGAAUUUGCAGAUAAUGCUGUAAAUAUCAGCGCUCAAGCAGAAGCUAUUCUUAAUAUUCAGGAAGCAGCUGCGAUUCUUCAGGAAGAAUUACAAAAGGCACAUAUACCUGCACGGUGGCGUGAGCUAUUAUGCAGAUUGCUUGAACCAAAGAGAGCACGAAGAAUUGAUUCUAGAGAAAUAGCUGUUGAAUUUCGAGAUCUUUAUGCUGCCCAAUCAUAG